AUGCCGAAUUUGUCGGAGGUUGUGACAAAUAAACUGGAAACAGGAAAAGCUUUGGAAGACCUCAACAGAAUUUUCUUUUCAACAAACCAGAACUCGGAGGAAGAUGUCUACAGAUUGGGCAAUCAUGCUGCUUAUCCUUUGAGUUGGCAGUCUACUGACUAUUUGAACUCUUAUGACAACGACUUCUUCGUUCCAAGUCAAAUGAACAUUUGGGAGAGCACAAUAGACAAGAGUAUCUCAUCCACAAACAAUUUCCCUUCUUUCGCUGCGGAACACAACAACUUCGCAAAUGUUUUCCAACCCAUCAACAGCGUACAUGCCAUCCCGAAAUUUUCGAAUACAGUCCGUACGAAUGAGUGUGGAAUAUCCAGGAAAAAAUACCCAAUUAGAUGCAGACAUUGCAGUUUCAUCCUCCCCACAUUGUAUGAUCGUAAAAGGCACGAGGAGUUAUCACAUGGUAGUUUUUUACUUAUUUGUGACACCUGCAACCGAAAGUUUCAUUCAAAGGAAGUCCUUACCAAGCACAUUUACAGUUCCAAGUGUGCACCUCCGAGCAGUUUGAUAUAUAACUCUGACAAGUGCACACCUAGCUUCCGCUAA